CUGUCUGAAUCAACAACGUGAACUACGUAGCUGUGAAACAGCCGUGAAAAAUCAAGAAAAUUUAGCAUUUUUUUCGUUAAAAAUAGUGACAGAUAGCGGAAAACUGUUCCGCUGGUGUUCCCGAGUUGAAUAGUAGUGGAAAUAGUUUAACUACGACACAAAUUGCUGUGAAAUCAUAAAUCGAAGAAAUCGUAAAAUUUUCUUUCUCUUGUUUUACUCUUGCUUGACCAAAAGCUUUUCCAUUCGUGAACCGACAAGGUUAUGUUGGCGCGUUUUCAUAUCUUGUUUGACAGCUACUAACUGUUUUCAAAACAAAGCAAAUUAGCAAUCGAAAAAAUUAAUACUUGCGUGAAAAAUAUUAAAGCAAAGCAAUGUUCGGUGCCAAACCGGGUGGCUUCGGUCAAACCAGCGCCGCCGGAGGAUUCGGAACGUUCGGAAGUAACACUGCCACGGCCAGUCCUUUCGGGCAGGCAAACACCUUCGGCAAACCUGCAACAACGGGAGCCUUCGGGGCGACACCGGCCUUUGGACAGCAAGCGAACACUUCUCUGUUCGGUCAACAGCAGCCCGCCGGUGGUCUGUUUGGAGCGAGUACCAGUGCAGCGCCGCCAUUCGGAGCGACGGCCACAACGCAAGCCGGCUUUGGAGCAUUCGGUCAACCACAGCAACAGUCGACGUCCCUGUUCGGAACGCAAAAUAAUACCGCACCUAAUGCAUCCCUUUUUGGUGCUAAUAAUAAUAAUUCCGCUUUCGGGGCAGCGAAGCCACCUGGCUUUGGCGGAUUUGGGCAAACGGCGCCCCAAACAUCGUUGUUCGGACAGGCUACAACGAGUCAAACGACGACGGGAGGAUUUUUCACUCAGAAUGCACAAAGUGGUGGCUUGUUUGGUGCCCAGAAAACAGCUUUCGGCGCGGCGGCACCGGUCGGUACUGGAAAUGGAACUGCAGUGGUCAAGUACCAGCAGACUCCGUCAACGGAUACGUUGGUUAAAAACGGGCAAAGCACUACCGUUCAAACGAAGCAGUAUUGCAUAACUUUUAUGAAAGAGUACGAACAUAAAUCGGUCGAGGAGCUGCGAUAUGAGGAUUAUGCUGCAAAUCGAAAAGGUCCGCAAGCGGGGGCGACUCCGGGUGGAUUUUUUGGAGCUGCUCCGGCAGCAACCCCGUUUGCAACUGCUACACAGCCACAAUCGUUGUUCGGGCAAACUACGACGGCUCAGCCGAGUACGGGACUGUUUGGAAGCUCGACAAAUACUUUUGGACAAACGACGGCUCCUGCAUUUGGAGCAGCUCAACCAACCGGAUUUGCAAAACCUUUUGGAAGUGCAACUACCACCAGUGGCUUUGGAUUUGGACAAACAAACACCAACACAAUGGGCGGAUUGGGUGCGAAUAAACCGGCGUUUGGAGCCGCUCCUACGGGUCUCUUUGGGCAAACUGCGACACCUGCAACCAAUACAUUCGGGCAACCCUUCGGGGGAUUUGGAACACAAGCUCAACCGCAACAACCGGGAAGCUUAUUUUCGGGAGCCGCCAACACUGCAGCAGCCGGAACUAGUGCUUUCGGGGGCCUGGGAGCUCAAACGACCCAAACCGGUUUUGGGUUCGGUUCUAAUACGGCCACGAACACAGCCGGUGGAGGACUGUUUGGUGCCAAGCCAGCGAAUACGUUUGGAACGCUGGGAAGUAGCUUCGGACAAAACCCGACCUCGACAGCACCUGCUUUUGGUGCCUUUGGAACUAACACCAAUACCGGAGGAUCAAUGUUUGCAAAUUCAUUUAAUAAACCAGCAGCACCAGCUUUCGGGAUGAACACUGCAACUUCAACGGGAACGUUUGGAGGUGGGUUAAACUUCGGUGCUGGUUCCGGGUCGCUUUUUGGUAAUACAGCAAAUAAACCGGGAGGUCUCGGUACGGGUAGUAGCCUGUUUGGAAAUACAUCCACUCUGGGAGGUGGAACCGGAGCUUUCGGGACGCUUGGAGGUGGUGGAUUUGGUGCUGGUCUCGGAACAAAUACGGGCUUAGGAAACGUUGGUAAUCCUGCCAAUGCAGCAGUUCCAAUACAUCAGCAAAUUCUGGCGAUGGUAACUUCCCCGUACGGUGAUAAUCCCAUUUUCAAGGACAUCAAACCCCUCUCCGGAGCCUCCGAAGAUUCACUUAAGCCAACGAAUCCUUCGGCCCAAAAAGCAAUUCUUGAAGGGACAAAUCAGCAGUUCAAGGUAUCGCCGAAGGUUGCUGGAAGCGGGGUUAAAGUAAAACCGGUUGGAUCCGUUACUCUGUCUAAAAAAUCGCUUUUCGAAGGGUUAGAAGAGUACGACAGCACCUUGGAGGAAUCGUUUUCCCUCAAACCGAAUGCUAAACGUUUGAUUAUAAAACCGAAAUCCGCUACUCCAACAAUAACCAUCCAAAAUCGAUCCUCGUUGGUUCAGUCUAAUAGUGGUGCCCCGAAGAGGGAUUCAAUCGGUAAGGAAUCCUAUCAAAUUCCAGUGGAAGCACAACCCAGCACCAGUCAGGACACUAGCCGACGCGUUUCUUGGCUUCAAUCGAACGCCCUGGAGAAGGCACGCCAAAACAAUCGCCUGUCGGAGUCGGUUCUGGACAGUACCAUCAAAGAGUUCGCUCCGGCUGGUGGCCUCCAGUCUGCUUCCACAUCACUUUCGAAGGAAACGACGACAAAUUUGGAUUCAUCGGCUUCACCACCAACGCCGGCUGGGCAUUCGGCGCAAUCGACGGUAGCUCCGAAGAAAGAUUCUGUUAACACCAGUUCGCCGAUAACCAUGAACGAUUCUUCGCUGAUGUCUUCAUCGAACCGGUCGUUCCUGAAUGAAACGGCCAGCGCAACCGGCGUUGGUGAUGUUUCGGUGAUUUCCGAUGCGGAAGCACUUGAGGAAGAUGCCGAACCUCAUCCAACUGGGAUUGUUCUGCGACGGGCCGGGUACUAUACAAUUCCCCCGCUGGACGACAUCCUGCAGUUGAUGGAUGAAGAGGGUCGCUGCGUUGUGUCAAACUUUACUAUCGGUCGCAAAGGUUACGGUAAUGUGUACUUCAACGAACCGAUUGACGUGGCUAAUCUGAAUUUGGAUGAGAUUGUCCACUUCCGGCACAAAGAGGUGAUAAUCUAUCCGGACGACGAGAACAAACCACCGAUCGGGCAGGGUUUAAAUCGUAAGGCACAGAUCACACUGGAUCAGGUUUGGCCACACGAUAAAACACUGCACGAACCGAUCAAGGAUCCGCACCGGUUAGCAUUGAUGGAUUACGAAGGGAAGCUGCGCAGAGUUUGUGAUAAGCAUGACACUCGCUUCCUGGAGUACAGACCGGACACUGGAAGCUGGGUGUUUAAGGUGGAACAUUUUUCAAAGUAUGGAUUGAGCGACAGUGAUGAGGAUGAAGCACCUACCGAUCCAAAAAAGGUCAAAAUGAUGGCAGCCGUGGACAAGCAAACUGGAGCAAUCCCGAAGAAGUCGCAGGUUCUGUUUAAUCGCGAAAAGGAAUUAGGACUACAGGAUGAAUUCAACUAUUCGCUGAUGACGAACGAGAGUUUGGCUCCAACUAGUCCGACGGCCGCUUUGGCUCUCGGUAUGGGAACUGAUUCCCACAAGCUACAGCUAAUGAAAGCUUCCUUCUUCGUUGAGGAUGAUUUUGAUCGUCGGUCGGUGCUAUCCGAAAUAACCGACGGUGGCAGAGACAGCCCAGAUCAGACAGUCCCCAAUAAACCCUACCUUGGAUUGGGAAGAACACUAACCAGCAGUCUGUACCUACGGACUGAAUCCCCAAAGGUGCUAGAAUCGGAUUGUUUGCAAAUGGACGACUUUGAACAACCGACAACCGUAUUCACAACUUCAACUAGUAGAAAUUUCCAAGAGCAAAUUCAGCUGCAAAAACGAGAUGAUAUUGUAACUGAAAUUCCACGUCCCAUCGGUCCGAAGUCUCUACCUUUGAUCAUCAAACCGAAGGUAGAACUGGUCCAAUCGAACGACAUCGUUCUCCCCCUUCAGCAGUCCAUUUUGAUGCGCUUUAUGAACAAGAAAACCGAUUUAUCCUUCUUCCAUGGACGCAAAUUCAAGGUCGGCUGGAGUUUUCCAUCGUCCCUGGUUCAGCUGAAUACAGCGGACAACUGUUCGCUGCUGAAAAAGAACGAAAUUCUUCACAUCGGUGAUCUGCAUCACUUCUUCCAAGGUCGCUCAGCCAAGGAUUACUCACCGGCGGCACUUCAAAUGUUGCAAAUCCGUUCGUCGGCGGAAAUAGGAGAUUUCCGAAAAACAGUCGAAGAUCAUCUUCGGAUCGAACUGAAAUACGAUGAGGUGCGACGUCUGGAAAGCAGUGAUUGUCCGUACUACGUAGCCGGUGGAAAACAUUCUGGUCUCUCCGAUCAUCUUGAAAUGACCAAAUUGAUCGCUGAUGGAGAUAGCUUCGAUGGAUUAUGCUUGGAGGUAUGGUCUCUAUGUGCGGCUCUGUGGGGAGCACGGGAAGAGCUUGAAGAAGUGGAGGAGACCGCUCAUCUGAGUACAAUGUUCCGCCGAGAUCUGUUCUCUGAAUGGGUAGAGGGUGUCGUCACCGAGCAAUCAUCCAGAGAAAUGGCCGCAGCCUUGAAGGGCAAAAAGCAAGACUAUCUCGACCAACUGUUGGAGCUUGUCUGCACACACAAGGUCCUGGACGCAUGCGAGUUGGCCUUCGAAAACGACGAUAUCAAUCUCUCGAUGCUGAUGACCCAAAUUUCCGGUGGUCCAACCGUUCGACAAUUGAUUCAACACCAGUUAAGCUCCUGGCAGGACGUCGAAGCGGACAAAUUCAUUGAUCCUCGUCGGUUGAAGGUUUUCAUGUUCGUCGCCGGAAUCCCACUACUCUCGUCUACCCACGGCACGAUUAACAUUUUCGAACAACUCGACUGGUUGAAAUGCCUUGCCAUUCAUCUCUGGUAUCUGUGCUCCCCAACCGCAUCCAUCACCGAUGCCCUGCUGAGCUACGAAAAAUCCUUCCAAUCCAGCGAAUUCUUUGCGCUUCCUCCCAGCCCAGCAUAUACAUCCCGAAUCAAACUAAGCAGCCCGAAGCCAAUACAAGACAUUCGUUUCCACCUGCUGAAACUGUACUCUAAACGCUCCCACCCACUUGAAUCCCUGCUGAAUCCCGCCACACACACCGCUGAUCCGCUGGACUUCCGUCUAUCCUGGUUCCUGCUACAAACACUGGAAACCCUCGGCUAUCGGCACUGCUCCGAGCUCUCGCGCAGCCAAAUUCACCUAUCCUUCGCAAAUCAACUGGAAAAUCACGGUCUCUGGCAAUGGUCCAUCUACGUUCUGUUACACUUGAACGACCAAAGCCGGCGCGAACUUUCCAUUCAGGAUCUACUGUACCGUCACAUAGAGCUAUCCGACGACGGGGACUACCUCGAGCGGGAACAGUUCAUCAUCGGAGAGCUGGGCAUCCCGGAAAAGUGGAUCUUCUGGGCGAAAGCCGUACGGGCCGGGGCACAGUUCGAUUACCAUCAGCAGGCACGCUUCCUGCUCAAAGCAAAGCAGUGGUCCAAGGCGCACGAGGUUAUUAUGGAGCACAUUGCAGCGGAUUGUGUAAUUAACGAUGAUAUUCCAUACUUGAAGUCACUGCUCGGUGAAUUUGAGGACGUCAAGCAGAUUUCCAACUGGUCGAUCAAAGGGCAGAUUUUGAAAGAUUUCAUCGAACUCAAUGAGAAGUUCGACCUCAUCCGGGACGCCAUCGAUGACGAGGUAGCGGAGACUCGGCUCGAAGAGUUGAAACCGAAACUUUCCGACCUGUGCUCGGUCAUUAAGAUGUUCCCCUGUCCGACGCCGAAGCACCGUCUGUGUCAGAGCGAAAUCGCUCAGCGGUUGGCUUAUUUGAUACGGUCGUUCUUCACCCAGGAUCCCCGGAUCAACAGCUGUGCACUGAUGCGUAGUGCGCUGGAGAAGCUUCCGUUGCCGCAGGAGUACGCCCUGGAGGAACUGCGACAUAUGUUGAACGCAUUCCUGUCGGAAGAUCUACGGAAACCGAUCUAGGCGGUCGAAAGGUGAUGUGAACACUCCCAGCACACAGUACUACAUGGCACAUGCUGAGUUUUGUGUUAUAUUUUGUAAGCCACAAUACAAUAGAGCCACACUUGUUGAACAUGCUAUAAUAUGCUACUACAUACAGCACUAGGUGGAUACUUCAUAGUAACUGUAAUGAUUUAUUUAAUUGAUUCUAAAAUAUUCUAAUCGAAAUGUUAUCAGUUGGUUUAAAUAGUUACUUUUAUGUAUUUUUGCCUGAAAGACAACUUAUGCUAUAUUGUAGUGUAUAAAUCUAAACAAAUCAUUAUUUGUGUAAGUUUUGAAAUGUUUAUUGGGAAUAGUGAUUCAACAUGGCCUGUACUGACGGA